GGUUGAGAACACAGACAUUUUCGGAGCUGGAGCCGCCACUGCCGCCGCCAUUUUGUGUCUGUGGAGAAAGAAGCUUCUGUGGCGGCUGGAAGUGGACGGAGAUCACCCCUGAGACGGCGGCGUUUCAUACCCGAGGUUCCCCCUGUGUCGUCCCCCAACCCCCCUCCGCGGUCAGCAUGUGGUGAAGCCGGAGCCGCGAGAGACCCGGGGAGAGGAAGAGGAGUCGGAAGGGAGGCGGGGUGUCGAGAGCGGCUUCAGCUUCAGCUGCGGCGGACCUCGGAGGGGGGCCGCGGCGCAAUGUCAGAGCAGACGCCGGCCGAGGCCGGUACUGCGGGGGCCCGGGAGGACGCCUGUCGGGAUUAUCAAUCAUCACUCGAAGACCUGACCUUCAAUAGCAAACCGCACAUCAAUAUGCUGACCAUUCUAGCCGAGGAGAACCUGCCCUUCGCCAAGGAGAUCGUCUCUCUCAUCGAGGCCCAAACCGCCAAGGCUCCUUCCUCAGAGAAGCUUCCUGUUAUGUACCUUAUGGAUUCUAUCGUGAAAAACGUUGGAAGAGAGUAUCUCACUGCCUUUACUAAAAAUCUAGUUGCAACAUUUAUUUGUGUGUUUGAAAAGGUGGAUGAAAAUACUAGAAAAAGUUUAUUUAAAUUACGUUCCACAUGGGAUGAAAUAUUCCCUUUGAAGAAACUUUAUGCCCUGGAUGUCAGAGUCAAUUCGUUAGAUCCUGCUUGGCCUAUUAAACCUCUGCCCCCCAAUGUGAAUACAUCUAGCAUCCAUGUGAAUCCUAAAUUUUUAAAUAAAUCGCCUGAAGAGCCUUCAACACCUGGCACAGUGGUCAGUUCCCCUAGCAUCUCCACUCCUCCAAUUGUUCCUGAUAUACAAAAGAAUCUUACCCAAGAACAACUAAUAAGGCAGCAGUUACUGGCAAAACAAAAACAGUUGUUAGAACUUCAGCAGAAAAAGCUAGAGCUUGAGCUAGAGCAAGCUAAGGCACAACUGGCAGUUUCUCUUAGUGUUCAGCAGGAGACAUCCAACUUAGGUCCUGGAUCUGCACCAUCCAAAUUACAUGUUCCACAAAUUCCCCCUAUGGCAGUUAAACCUCCCCAUCAGGUUCCUGUGCAACCUGAGAAAAGCCGUCCAGGUCCAUCCUUACAAAUUCAGGAUUUGAAAGGAACUAAUCGGGAUCCCCGUCUUAAUAGGAUGAGUCAACAUUCUUCACAUGGAAAAGAUCAGAGUCACAGGAAAGAAUUCCUAAUGAACACAUUGAACCAAUCUGAUACUAAGACAAGUAAAACUGUACCCUCUGAAAAACUAAAUUCAUCCAAGCAAGAGAAAAGUAAAUCAGGUGAAAAAAUAACCAAGAAAGAACUUGACCAAUUAGAUUCUAAAUCUAAAUCUAAAUCUAAAUCACCAUCACCUUUGAAAAACAAAUUAUCCCACACAAAGGACCCGAAAAAUCAAGAAUCUGAAAGUGCAAGGGUGUCUGAUAUGAGCAAGCGAGAUCCAAGGUUAAAGAAACAUCUUCAGGAUAAGACUGAUAGCAAAGAUGAUGAUGUAAAAGAGAAGAGAAAAACUGCAGAAAAAAAGGAUAAAGAUGAGCACAUGAAAUCAUCUGAACACAGAUUGGUUGGAAGUAGAAAUAAAAUCAUCAAUGGCAUUGUACAAAAGCAGGAUACAAUAACGGAAGAAUCAGAAAAACAAGGGACAAAACCAGGGAGAUCAAGUACUAGAAAGCGAUCAAGAUCGAGAUCACCCAAGUCUCGGUCACCAAUUAUACAUUCUCCGAAGAGAAGAGAUAGGCGGUCACCCAAACGAAGGCAAAGGAGUAUGUCUCCAACCUCGACACCCAAAGCUGGAAAGAUUCGGCAAUCAGGAGUUAAGCAGUCACACAUGGAAGAGUUUACUCUACCCUCCAGGGAAGAGCGGAAUGCUAAGAGAAGUAAUAAACAAGAUAUUCGAGAUCCAAGGAGAUUAAAAAAGACUGAAGAGGAACGACCACAAGAAGCUGCAAAUCAGCAUUCUAUGAAGUCAGGCACUGAACCAAAGGAGAAUGUAGAAAAUUGGCAAAGUUCCAAGUCUACCAAAAGAUGGAAAUCUGGUUGGGAAGAAAAUAAAAGCUUACAACAGGGUGAUGAACAUAGUAAAUCUCCUCAUCUAAGGCAUAGGGAGAGCUGGUCAAGCACUAAAGGAAUCUUGUCACCUCGAGCCCCAAAGCAGCAGCAUCGAUUAAGUGUAGAUGCCAACCUUCAGAUUCCUAAAGAGUUAACUCUUGCAAGCAAAAGAGAAUUACUUCAAAAGACGAGUGAACGUUUAGCAUCUGGUGAAAUUACACAGGAUGAGUUCCUUGUUGUUGUGCAUCAAAUUCGACAGCUAUUUCAGUAUCAAGAAGGUAAACAUAGAUGCAAUGUACGGGAUAGUCCUACAGAAGAAAAUAAAGGUGGAUUAAAAAAGAAACCUCUCUUAUCUGAUGCUGAAUUAACCUACUAUGAACAUAAAGCAAAACUGAAAAGGACACAGGUUCAGCAUUCAUUUCCAAGACUUGAUCUCUUAGAUCCUGAUAUUUUUGACUACCCUUUGACUGAUGCCUUGUUGUCUGGAAUAGAAUGUGAGCCAUCCAAAAGUAAACAUGCAAGUAGGAAUAGUGGAGCACAGUUUGACAGAAAAGAACAAUUUAGUGAAAGAGCAAGACGUCUUUCUCCUAUAUCUGGGAGUCGUACUUAUGCUGAGAAUCUUUCACCCCAUGAGGGCCGGAGAAGACAUGACGAGCAAGUCUCUGCUAAAGGUGUACGAGAAGAGCAGAGAUCACCAUUCAAUGAUCGUUUUCCACUUAAGCGACCUAGAUAUGAAGAUUCAGAUAAACCAUUUGUAGAUAGCCCAGCAUCAAGAUUUGCCGGCCUUGAUACAAAUCAGCGACUUACAGCUUUAGCUGAAGAUAGACCAUUAUUUGAUGGACCUAGUAGGCCAUCAGUAACAAGAGAUGGCCCAACCAAGAUGAUUUUUGAAGGACCUAAUAAAUUAAGCCCUAGAAUUGAUGGACCUCCUACACCAGGUUCUCUUCGGUUUGAUGGGUCACCAGGACAAAUGGGGGGAGGUGGCCCUUUGAGAUUUGAAGGACCACAAGGUCAGUUAGGAGGUGGGUGUCCUUUGAGAUUUGAAGGUCCUCCAGGACCAGUAGGGACACCUCUGCGGUUUGAGGGGCCAAUUGGUCAAGCAGGAGGAGGUGGUUUUCGGUUUGAAGGUUCCCCUGGUCUGAGGUUUGAGGGAUCUGCAGGUGGUUUGAGAUUUGAAGGACCAGGGGGCCAGCCUGUGGGUGGUCUCAGGUUUGAGGGACAUCGGGGUCAACCUGUGGGUGGUCUAAGGUUUGAGGGACCUCAUGGUCAGCCUGUGGGUGGACUUAGAUUUGAUAAUCCCCGAGGUCAGCCUGUCGGUGGACUUAGAUUUGAAGGGGGUCAUGGUCCAUCAGGGGCUGCAAUUAGGUUUGAUGGACCUCAUGGUCAGCCAGCAGGUGGGAUCAGAUUUGAGGGCCCUUUGCUACAGCAGGGAGUUGGAAUGAGGUUUGAGGGCCCCCAUGGUCAGUCAGUAGCUGGUUUGAGGUUUGAAGGACAACAUAAUCAACUUGGUGGGAACCUUAGGUUUGAGGGUCCACAUGGUCAACCAGGGGUUGGGAUCAGGUUUGAAGGACCGUUAGUCCAACAAGGAGGUGGAAUGAGGUUUGAGGGUCCUUCUGUGCCAGGAGGUGGCCUGAGAAUUGAAGGGCCUCUGGGUCAAGGUGGUCCAAGAUUUGAAGGUUGUCAUGCUUUAAGGUUUGAUGGGCAGCCAGGUCAGCCAUCACUCUUGCCAAGAUUUGAUGGACUGCAUGGGCAGCCAGGUCCUAGAUUUGAAAGAACUGGUCAGCCAGGCCCACAGAGAUUUGAUGGACCACCUGGACAGCAGGUACAACCAAGAUUUGAUGGUGUACCUCAAAGAUUUGAUGGUCCACAACACCAGCAAGCAUCAAGGUUUGAUAUUCCUCUUGGUCUUCAAAGCACACGAUUUGACAAUCAUCCUUCACAGAGGCUUGAAUCAGUAUCUUUCAAUCAGACUGGUCCAUACAAUGAUCCACCUGGCAAUGCUUUUAAUGCCCCAUCCCAAGGACUACAGUUCCAAAGACAUGAACAAAUGUUUGAUUCACCUCAAGGACCAAAUUUUAAUGGACCACAUGGCCCUGGAAACCAGAGCUUCUCCAGUCCCCUUAACAGAGCUUCUGGACACUAUUUUGAUGAAAAGAAUCUUCAGAGUUCCCAAUUUGGAAACUUCGGCAAUUUACCUGCUCCAAUAACAGUAGGAAAUAUUCAGGCAUCUCAACAGGUUCUUACUGGUGUUGCUCAGCCAGUAGCAUUUGGCCAAGGACAACAGUUUUUGCCAGUUCAUCCACAAAAUCCUGGAACAUUUGUUCAGAAUCCUUCAGGAGCUCUUCCUAAGGCAUAUCCUGAUAAUCAUCUCAGUCAGGUGGAUGUAAAUGAAUUAUUUUCAAAACUGCUAAAAACAGGAAUUCUCAAAUUGUCUCAGCCUGAUUCAGCUACAACACAAGUGAAUGAAGUUGCUGCUCAGCCUCCCCCUGAAGAGGAGGAGGAUCAAAAUGAAGAUCAAGAUGUUCCAGAUCUUACUAAUUUUACAGUUGAAGAAUUGAAACAACGUUAUGAUAGUGUUAUAAAUCGACUGUACACUGGUAUUCAGUGUUACUCCUGUGGAAUGAGGUUUACAACAUCACAGACAGAUGUAUACGCAGAUCACUUGGACUGGCAUUAUCGGCAAAAUAGAACUGAAAAAGAUGUUAGCAGAAAAGUCACUCAUAGACGUUGGUACUACAGUUUAACGGACUGGAUAGAAUUUGAGGAAAUAGCUGAUUUAGAAGAACGUGCAAAGAGCCAGUUUUUUGAAAAGGUGCACGAAGAAGUCGUGCUCAAGACUCAGGAGGCUGCUAAAGAAAAGGAGUUCCAAAGUGUACCUGCCGGACCAGCUGGAGCAGUUGAGAGUUGUGAAAUCUGUCAAGAACAGUUUGAACAAUACUGGGAUGAAGAAGAGGAGGAAUGGCAUUUAAAAAAUGCUAUUAGAGUAGAUGGAAAGAUUUAUCAUCCAUCAUGUUAUGAAGAUUAUCAGAAUACAUCUUCAUUUGAUUGUACACCAUCUCCCAGCAAGACACCAGUUGAAAACCCUUUGAACAUUAUGUUGAACAUUGUCAAAAACGAAUUGCAAGAACCCUGUGAAAGUCCCAAAGUUAAGGAAGAACGAAUUGAUACCCCACCAGCUUGUACAGAGGAAAGCAUAGCAACACCCACUGAAAUUAAAACAGAAAAUGAUACAGUCGAGUCAGUUUAAAUAAAAUGAGAAAGGUAUGUUUUUCUUUUUAAAAAAAAGCUGCUGUUGGAUAUAGAAGGUGAAGAAUUUUUUAUGUAUAUAUAGACAUAUAUCUAUAUAAAUUGUCUAGCUGAGGCAGGGCCUUCAGCUAUCAUUUGGUUAAUAAAUACAUUUUAGUAUUUGCAUUUCCUACUGCCUGCACAGAUUCAGGUGCUUGUUGUGUGAAAGUUCUGUAGAUGUGUGCAAAUUUAACAAAAUGAAAUUGUAUGUGUAAAAAUGUACGAUUUUCACUUGUGAAACUGUAAAUUAUAAAUAAAAAAUAUUUUUGCUAUCCAUGGAGUGUAAUAUUUAUGCACACCAUCAAAUAAAGACAGUGUUUCUGUACUUUUUAUUGGGUGAAAAUGGAAUUAAACAGCAACCUCAACGUAAGAUUUUUUUUCUAGUAGCUUCCCACGAUUAAAGAAGCAAAUUCUGGUUAGUUUUAUCCUUCAAAAGAGGGGUGUGAGAGAGCACUGCAGGACUUUUCUCAAAUAGAAAAGCCAGAUUUGAAAAAAUUUUAAAAACGAAAUAGGACUUUGCAUAUAUAUCUCUCUAGCUAUAGAGAACCAUCCAGAUGUCCAUUUUUGAAAAAUAUCUAAUGAAGCAACUUUUAUUGAACUUGGACACUGAUGCCAUCAAACGAUUAAUAUAUUUAAGUACUAAAGGUGAUUUUUUUUUUAAAUGACAUUUUUCAAAUAUGUCAAAUGAUUUAAUGCAGAUGAACAUAUUUCUAUUUUAAGUUACAGGGGAAUCUGUAAGAAUGUUCAUUUGAAACAUGGUUAACCUUUUUCCUUUGUUGGUUUUGACUGAAUUAGAUGGAUACCAUGAGAUGUUAAUAUUCAUACAUGUAAUAAAUAGAAUGAUGAAGAAAC